CAGAGCCCGGCCACCUGCUCGGGGAGGCGGCCGCUCUCUGCACCGGAGGCCCGUGAGGACAGCUGGGCUCAUGGACGGGACCUGCACUCAGCUCGGCUUCCUGCUUCGGAAAGAGGAAGCACCAAGUGUUAGCAGAGUCGAACAGCCCGCGGACAGAUGAGGUCGGUCCUGGCUUAGCAAGAUGUUCCAGCUGUCGCUGCUCCACAGCCCUGUGACGGGGCCAUCUGCAAGGUCACCCGCCAGCGGGGCGCCCUCGGGAACAGAGAUGCCAGUGGGUCUGCGGGCAGAGGAGAAGAGCAGAGGGUGGAGGCCAGGAGACGGGGGUGCAGCCCCGCCUGCCCGGCCCCCAGCCCUGUCCUUCCUCCUCCUCUUGCCUCUGGCCAGUGCCCUCCAGCCCACCCCGCUGCCCUUCCCAGAAAGGGAGACCGAAGGUGCAGAGGGGGUCAACCCCAAGGCUCAUGGCUUCCUGGCAGGGUGGACAUCCGGUAGGCCCAGAGAGGCCCUUCGUGCCAGCUCGGCCCUCGCCCCGGAGCUGAGGCUGGUGGGGGGGCCCAGCCGCUGCCGGGGGCGGCUAGAGGUCCUGCACGGCGGCUCCUGGGGCAGCGUCUGCGACGAUGACUGGGACGUGGUAGAUGCCAACGUGGUGUGCCGGCAGCUAGGCUGCGGCCUGGCCCUGCCUGUGCCCAGGCCCCUCACCUUUGGCCAGGGCCGAGGCCCCAUCCUGCUGGACAACGUGGAGUGCCGGGGGCAGGAGGCGGCGCUGAGUGAGUGCGGCAGCCGGGGCUGGGGCGUCCACAACUGCUUCCACUACGAGGACGUGGCUGUCCUGUGCGACGAGUUCCUACCCACGCAGCCCCCUACAAGGAAAGUGCUAACCAGCAGAGGACCCCCUACGACGCCCCAGAAUGGGAAAGGUGAGGGCAGCGUGCGCCUGGUGGGCGGCGCAGGCCCGUGCCAGGGCCGCGUGGAGAUCCUGCACGGCGGCGUGUGGGGCACGGUGUGCGAUGACGACUGGGGGCUGCCGGACGCCGCUGUCGUCUGCCGCCAGCUGGGCUGUGGGGCGGCACUGGCAGCCACCACCAACGCCUUCUUCGGCUACGGCACCGGGCACAUCUUGCUGGACAACGUGCACUGUGAAGGCGGCGAGCCGCGCCUGGCAGCCUGCAUGAGCCUGGGCUGGGGCGUGCACAACUGCGGCCACCACGAGGACGCAGGGGCGUUGUGCGCAGUCCUGGGUCCCCCAACCAUCACAGCACUGCCACCCUCUGCAACCAGAGAGAACUGGGCUUGGCACACAGAACCACAGGCUACAGGAAUUGCUGUCCUGCCUUCCAGGGAAACUGCUUUGUCCACCACAGCCCCGUGGGCCUCGAGGAAGAAAAGCGGGCGGUUGCGGCUGGUGGGCGGCCCGGGCCCGUGCCGCGGCCGCGUGGAGGUGCUGUACGCCGGGGGCUGGGGCACCGUGUGCGACGAUGACUGGGACUUCGCGGACGCGCGCGUGGCCUGCCGCGAGGCGGGCUGCGGGCCCGCCCUGGGCGCCACGGGCCUAGGCCACUUCGGUUACGGCCGCGGCCCGGUGCUACUGGACAACGUGGGCUGCUCCGGUACGGAAGCCCGCCUGAGCGACUGCUUCCACCUGGGCUGGGGCCAGCACAACUGCGGCCACCACGAGGACGCGGGCGCAUUAUGCUCAGGCCCGGAGGAGCUAGGACUGCAAUUUCAGCAGGAGGGUUCUGAGACCACCCGCGUUCCCACUCCUCGGCCCAGGGAUGGACACCUGCGUCUGGCCAAUGGAGCACACCGGUGUGAGGGGCGUGUGGAGCUCUUCCUCGGGCAGCGAUGGGGCACUGUGUGUGACGAUGCGUGGGACCUGCGGGCCGCAGGGGUCCUGUGCCGCCAGCUGGGGUGCGGCCAGGCCCUGGCUGCCCCUGGAGAGGCCCACUUUGGUCCCGGUCGGGGCCCCAUCCUCCUGGACAAUGUCAAAUGCCAAGGGGAUGAGAGUGCCCUCCUGCUCUGCUCUCACAUCCGCUGGGAUGCUCACAACUGUGACCACAGCGAGGAUGCAGGAGUCCUGUGCCAGCGGUCGUGACCCCCUCCACCUGUCCUGCAGACCGUCACUUAUGAGAGCAGACUGUGGCCUGCCCUUCUUCCUCCAGGAAGCCCUCCAGGAAGACCCCUGAAGUUCACCCCUCACACCCUGGCCUGGGGAGAGCCUACCCAGACAGCAUGGGAACCUGGCUGCAUCCCAUCUAUGUGUGACCUCCACCUGUCAUACACCUUUAUGGCCCAGUUCAGUGAAAACACCAUGUUCUGCUCAGCCAAAACAGAAAAUGGGGACAGGGAAUGACUCCCCAGUCUCCUCUUUGGUGGGGCUCCUGUGGUAGUACCUCGGGCCUGGAGUUUCGGGGCUUCCUGUCUCCUUCCCCUGCUCCCCUAUCUUGGGAUCCCCAAGAAGAGGGAAGGCAGAGGGGUCCACAGCUUUUCCCUGAAUCGUUGCCCUGGCCCUACUCCACAAAGCCUGGACUCAGAUGGUGCUGGGUUGGACAAGGCGACCAGCGGGACCAGAGCAGGGACAGUGGCCCUUCCAGGCAGCUGGAACCAGCAUCUCGGACCUAAGCUGCCUCCACCACACAACCACCAAUUUGCAAAAGCAAAGAACCGUGGGGGCCCAUACCUGCCCAUUCAUAGGUGCCAAGUCAAUA